UAUGAUCCAAAGGCUAUUUCGCUGUUCACUCCAAGCCCUAGCAACGUUGUCAAAGUUACUUCCAAAUCGAACGAUGAAAUCCUUGUUAUUGGUUUGAAAAAGGAUGAGAAUAUUAUUUUCCAAGGUCAAGCACUUUUUGCGCCUCUUUUGGGCUCCUAUUCGGCAAUUGGAGCCGUGUUUGGCAGUGAUGAUCCGGUUCCAAGCAAUUUGAGAAACUUUGAGUGUCCAGACACUGUACGUUUCGUACCAAUGUUUUCACCCAAAACGCACUCCUUAAUCUGCAUUGAGCCUACCCAGUCAAGAAUUAAUACCCAAUUGUAUCAACACACGGCUAUUGCACACAAGAUGUCUUUUCCUAUCCGAAAGCAAUUAACAAGUGCCUUAACGACAUUGCAACAAUCACCAGGAAGAUUUAGUACUAUCAUUGCUGUAAAGAGCUUAGGUAACAGCGGUAUUAUUGACGUAGAGCGUAUUUUGCCGCUGUUCAAAGGUGUUUUUAAUUUGGAGGACGCAAAACCAACAUCCGACGAUCCUUCGAUUCAAGCCAUAAAUGCCAUUCCUGGAUUUUGCCCAAUAUUGGAACCUACACCUAAUGUUAAAGCCAUGCAGAUUCCCCCAUCCUGGACUUCUGGUGUGAAUCAGUUCCUCACCGCUAGUCAAGAAAGUGAAGAUGCACAAGUGGCAUUGAUAUGUGGAAGUAAGAGAAUGGGGAAAUCCACUUUCUCAAAGUACAUGGUCAAUCGAUUACUGGAAAAGCACCCAAGAAUAGCAUUCCUAGAGGCCGAUAUUGGACAGCCGGAAUUUGGAAUACAGGGUGUCGUUUCUCUUUAUAUAUUGGACAAACCUCUGCUAGGACCACCUUUUGCGAACUCACAUCUUGAAGCCAAGCGUCGCUACUUCAUUGGUUCAACUACUCCUCGAGAUGACCCUGAUUAUUACAUGGCCUGCUUGAAUGAAUUGGUAACAACUUGGAGGCAAGAAGUCUGUGAUCAAGUUGCAAAUGACACUGCAUUGGGCGAAAAACCGGUUCCUUUGGUCAUCAACACACAUGGCUGGAUCAAAGGUCUUGGCUAUGAUCUUCUCAUGGAUCUAAUCCAUACCGCAGCACCCAACUUCAUUUUGGCUUUCCAGUCAACUCUCACACCUUCACGUAACCUGCCACCAUCAUUUAUAACGUCUGUUGUCCCGCCCUCAUCAGAAACUACCGUUCUACCUAAAAUAUUGUACCUCACCUCGUUAAUGGAUGACCUUGAAGCCGAUGUCACGGCUCAGAGAUAUCAUCCGUCGGAUCAUCGAAUGCUCAACCUUGUCUCUUAUAUGCACAUGAAUCACAUGGGCAAGCGUGCAGAAGGAAAUGCGUGGUGGGAUUUCAAGACCAGAUUGGUGGAGAGAGUACCUUGGUGCUUGGACUGGACUGUCGGACUCCAAGGUAUAUGGGUCUUUUUCGAGGAGAUCAAAUACAGCCAGCUCCUUUUUGCUUUGAAUGGAAGUGUGGUUGGUUUAAUCAGCGAGCUGUCAAAUGAGAAUAUGAAAAAUAUUAAGCCUGCAAACACACCAAGCGGGUUCAUAGCACCUCCGUUUCGCGCACCAGCAAGCUGCGCAAACCCCUCGCCCAAGAUCACGGACUGUUACGGACUUGGACUUAUUCGGACCGUUGACGUUUCAAAAUCUCGGUUUAUGAUCUUGACACCUCUCCCCUUUGAUACCUUAACCAAAGUGAAUGGCAUUGUGAAAGGAGAUUUAGAAUUACCGAUUUGGGGAAUGCUUGAUAGCCGUAAUGGUGCAGGAGCCGGCAUUACUGGUGUACCGUGGCGCAAAGUCCCCUAUGUCAGCUUUGAUGCGAAUGAAGGUAUUGGUAGUUCCGCUUUACGUAUCCGACGUAAUGUUAUGCGUAAAAGUCAAAUGUAAUGAGCUUUGAAGGGCUUCUGUAUCAUAGUGCUUAGAAAUAGCCCACCCCGGUCUGCUUUUGAUUUACCUUUCGUUACAUUGUAUAAAACUCAUGGUUGCCUACUCCCCGCGUGGAUCGUCGUAGUAUUUUAUUUAUAGAAGACGUUAGAAUGUGAAAUUCGAGUGGUGAUGAUACAGUCUCAGUUCUAUUGAGUUCUUAGAAGUAAAGCGA